UGAGAAACAGCUGUGAAAGAUAGCCAAUCAGAAGAGGCGUCUUUUGGAAGAAGAAGAAAAAAGAAAGAAGACGAGAAAGAGAAGUAGAGUUAGACAGGGAGAAGAAAGUGAAAAAAAGGAGGGUUAAGAGAAAGAAAGAAGAAAUAGAGAAGUAGAGAAAGAUAGGAAGAAGAAGGGAGGGGUUAAGGUCGGUGAUGUAUGUGAGUUUUUGAGGAAGGAUAACUCUUGUCUUACUCACUCUGUGUGUGUGUUUGAGUAAGUCAGCCACUCAGUCCACUUAUUGUUCAAAGCAUCCCCACAUGGGGGUCUAACCCGAGAGGUUUUUUUUUGGCACGAAAUAUCAAUUUUUUUUGUUAAAACACAACUUUUUUUUUGGUCUUGGUCCUAUUAUAUAAGCCUCCUGUGACAACAAUUACUGUGAUUAUUUGAAAAUAAGAUCAAGCAGGAAAGAGAAGAAGAAAAAAAAAACGUACUAAACUGGUUGGACAUUUAAAAAAAAAAUUAUUAUUCUGUCUGUGUCUGUCUUUUUCUCCCUCUCUGUCUCUUCACAUAUUAAUCUGUUCUUCCUCUGGUUUAAAACAACACUACAUCAAGAAGAAUAUAUAUAAAUUAUCUAUAUAUAUAUAAAGAAUCCGGCUAAGUAAUUGAGAGGCGCAUCAUUCGAAAAAAUCAUAACCGCCAUGAAUCUGAUUACAGUUCUCGAGAAGACCGUUUCCACUGAAACAAGUGAGCUUGAAACAGCGCAACAAUUCCUGGAACAAGCCGCUCUACAAAAUCUACCUGAGCUAUUAAAGAAAUUAUCUGACAUCUUAAAACAUGGAGGGAAUAGUCCAGUGGCCCGUAUGCAAGCCGGUCUACAGCUCAAAAAUGCUGUUUAUUCCAAGGAUCCAGCAAUUAAAACCACUUACCAACAGCGAUGGCUCCAGUUUAACGAAGAAAUACGAGUAUAUAUAAAGAAAAAUGUUUUGGAGUCAUUAGGGACUGAAACCAUUCGUCCAAGUUCUGCAGCCCAGUGUGUGGCAUACAUUGCUUGUGCUGAACUUCCCCAAGGGUUCUGGCCAGAUCUUAUUCCUUUGUUAACGCAAAAUAUUACCAAUCCAAACAGCACUGAAUUGAUGAAAGAAGCUACGUUAGAGUCUAUUGGUUAUAUUUGCCAGGAUAUAGAGCCAGAUAUAUUGGCAUCACAAUCUAAUGAAAUUUUAACAGCAAUUGUAAAUGGGAUGCGCAAAGAAGAAUCAAGUAAUCAUGUUAGAUUAGCUGCUACGAAUGCUCUGCUGAAUUCUUUGGAAUUCACAAAGUCAAAUUUUGAUAAAGAUUUUGAAAGGCAUUUUAUCAUGCAAGUUGUUUGUGAAGCUACCCAGUCUACUGAUACAAGGGUUCGUGUUGCUGCCUUGCAAUGCUUAGUUAAAAUUAUGUCCUUAUAUUAUCAAUAUAUGGAACACUACAUGGGUCCUGCUCUGUUUGCUAUUACGAUGGAAGCUAUGAAAAGUGAGAUAGAUGAAGUAUCUCUACAAGGAAUUGAGUUCUGGUCUACAGUUUGUGAUGAAGAGGUCGAUCUUGCCAUAGAACUUUCAGAAGCUGAUGAAGAAGGCCGACCUCCUGAAAGGAGCAGUAGGUUUUAUGCUAAAGGAGCUCUGCAGUUCCUUGUUCCAAUAUUAUUGAUAACCCUUACAAAACAGGAAGAGUUUGAUGAUGAUGAGUGGAACCCAUGUAAGGCAGCUGGUGUGUGUUUGAUGCUGAUGGCCACAUGCUGUGAAGAUGACGUUGUAGGUCAUGUACUUCCUUUUGUCAAGGAACAUAUUGUCCAUACAGAUUGGCGCUUUAGAGAUGCUGCUGUUAUGGCAUUUGGAUCUAUCCUGGAAGGACCUGACCGCAAUAAGCUGAAGCCUAUCGUUGAACAAGCCAUGCCAAUGUUGAUAAACUUGCUGAAGGACCGCAGCGUUGUAGUGCGAGACACUACAGCUUGGGCAGUUGGACGAGUGUGUGAAAUCUUACCUGAAGCCGUUAUUAACGAUACCUGUCUGCCGCCACUCUUAGAAGCUUUGGUACAAGGACUUGAGGCUGAGCCGCGUGUUGCACACAAUGUUUGCUGGGCUAUAUCCGGUUUGGCAGAAGCAGCAUACGAAAUAGCUGCGGAUACUGCUGAAGAGAAUGUCGAGCCUGAAAUGUAUUGUCUUUCGUAUUAUUUUGAUGGUAUUGUUACCAAACUUUUGGAAACAACUGACAGGCCUGAUGCUAACCAGCACAAUUUAAGGAAUGCUGCCUAUGAGGCGCUUAUGGAACUUGUGAAAAAUAGUCCAAAGGAUUGUUAUGAAACAGUGAAAAACACAACUAUGAUUAUUUUACAACGGCUUGAAAAAGUUUUACAGAUGGAGGGUCAUAUAAGUUCAACUUCUGAUAGGGUACAAUAUAAUGACCUCCAAUCAUUGCUGUGUGCUACACUCCAAAGUGUACUGCGAAAGGUAACUGCUGAAGAUGCACCCAAAAUCUCUAGCCCGAUUAUGACAGCUUUAUUACAGAUGUUCAACACCUCUUGUGGGAAAUCUGGAGGAGUUCAAGAAGAUGCUUUACUCUGUGUAUCAACACUGGUUGAAGUUCUUGGAGAAAAUUUCUUGCCAUACAUGCCAGCUUUCAAACCAUACUUGACUCUUGGACUGAAAAAUCAUGCAGAAUAUCAGGUGUGCCAAGCUGCAGUUGGUUUAACUGGUGAUAUCUGCCGAGCUGUAGGAAAUAAUAUAUUACCAUACUGUGAUGAGUUAAUGACUAUGCUUGUGGAAAAUCUUGGGGAUGAAACUGUCCAUCGUUCUGUCAAACCUCAGAUCUUGUCUGUGUUUGGUGAUAUUGCUCUAGCAAUUGGUUCUUACUUCAAAAAUUACCUAGCAGUUGUUUUGAAUACAUUGCAACAAGCAUCACAAGCACAAGUUGACAAGACUGACUAUGAUAUGAUUGAUUACUUGAAUGAACUGAGAGAAGGCUGUUUAGAAGCUUACACUGGCAUUGUGCAAGGUUUGAAAGGUGAUGCUGAGCAGAUAAACCCUGAUGUCAAUCUCAUUCAGCCACAUGUUGGACACAUGAUUUCAUUCAUUGAACACAUAGCUCAAGAUGAGGAUCAUAGUGACAGUAACAUAGCUGCUUGUUGUGGGUUAAUAGGUGAUCUCUGUGCUGCUUUUGGUGCAGCCAUGAUGCCUUUUGUUGAUAAGGAAUCCAUACAAGCCUUGUUAACGAAAGGCCGACGCUCCAAGGUGUCUAAAGCGAAAACACUAGCAAGUUGGGCCACUAAAGAGAUAAGAAAACUGAAGAAUGCAUCUUGAGCUGCUGAACAGCCUGGCAUGGUCAAAUGAGAAUAGGACCACAGGUCUUAAGUCGUCAGCGGUGGCGGCAGUCUCAACUCGUUUGAAUGAGUGUGAGCGUGAGUGAAAUCAUCUCAUCAAACUGUCACAAUCCCCGGCAGGCACCUACCUACCUCCCCGACAAGACAACUUGAAGGGGCAGUCAAUCCCCAGACCCUCCCUCCCUCUGCUACC